AUGUUUUAAACUUCCUCCUAAAAUUCUAAAGCCUUUGCUGUCAUUGAAAAAUCUGCAGCUUGCUUUCUAGACUUUUGAUUUGUAAACUUUUAAAUGAACAAUAAAAAAGACAAAUAGAUGAUUCUUACUUAAUUCUCACAAUAACUUUUGGGCAUUUUCCUAAAUACUACAUGAUGAAUUGUUCAUAAGUGCUAACUUGCUUUCCUAUUUUCCUCUGUUAAAUCAGAAAAAUGGAAAUAGAUAAAGCUGCACAUAUUUAUUAGAAGUGUUAUUCUUUUCAGCUAUAUAUAAUUGUAGCUGAUAAGAUUCUUUUAUUGCUGCAGGUCGCUUUGAGCUUGUAUGCAAUUUUCUUUAUUAUUUUAUUGCUUAUUAGAAUAUAUGCCAAUAAUAAUUGUACUGGCAGAUAAACUGAUUUAGUGAAAACGUUUAAUUAAACACAGACCAACUGGGUUGGUUAACAUGCACUAGCACAGCCAUUAGCCCAUUAGUUUUGCAUUGAUGACAGAAUAUCGUUUCAACAUCUUUGAUAUUACUGUGCUAAUUAUGUUUGAUCUGGUCUGUAUUGAUGCAGGUUUUAUGUUCACUUGCUUGAUAGUGGAGUCUAUGACAUCAACGAGAAGAAUGGAAAAACUAGAUAAAACUCUGAUCGGUUCACUGCUUUUGGCAGCUCUUUUUAGCAGUGCUGUUAGCGACGACUGGAAGGCAUCUGUCACAAAGAAUCUGGAUGCCCUAGUCACCUCCUGCGUUGUGGUACCCUGUUCUUUUAGCCAUCCUGGAAAAGCCCUACCAUCCUCCAAACUCCGAGGGAUCUGGCAUAUUUCCAAUGAUAAAAACCAAGUUAUCUAUAAUGAAGAUCAAACACAGAUCUUGGAUCCAUACAAAGAUCGAACAAAGAUCCUCGGGCAACUUGGUCAGAACGAUUGCACCUUAGAAAUAGCCGAUGUGAAAGAUCACGACAAUGGGCCUUUUUGUUUCCGGAUCGAGAUAGUGGGGGCCGAGAGCCAGAAGUUUUCCUUUGUUGGAGACUGUGUUGACCUCAAAAUGCAACAUUCUCCACCAGAAAUCAAACUGACCCAGUCAAGGGCAGCUUUUGAAGGAAAAGCUUUCACAGUCACCUGCUCAGUCCGCCACACCUGCCCCUCAUUCAGACCCAAACUGUCUUGGAGUCGAGGAAAUGCAGAUCAGAUUUUUGAGAAACAUGAACUGAUCUCCCCAGGAAUCUGGGUCAUGGAGUCUGUUCUGACUUUUGUUCCUGAGGAGAAAGAUGAUCACAGUCAGCUGAACUGCACAGCUGUAUUUCACGGAGGAAAAGCAACUACUAAAACCCUACAUCUUUACUUAAAGCGUGCAGCAAACUACAAGAACAUCAUCAUUCCAAUUGUUGUGUUGGUUGUAACUGCUGGAGUCAUUGGAUUAGUCUCCAGUUUAAUUAUCAAAAAAUACAAAAAACGUAUUAUGGAGCUCCAGAGUCAGGAGGGGAGUGUUUGGAAUCGGAUGUCCAGAUUCUCCCGAAGGUUUCGAUCAAAUGCUCCACCACCAUCUCAAACCAAUAGAAGGAUGCAAAGAGAGGACUUUGCUGAAGAGAAACCUUGUGUUUCAUCCACCAAAAACAACAUCUACAAUGAGGACCAUGACGAUGAUGACAAUCAAAACACAGCGGAUCUCAACAUUUGUGGAAACGUGUGAGGAGCAACAUUGCAGAAGCAACUUCAAAGUGAACACAAUCAUCUGAUCAAAUUAUGAUAAUAUGGAAGCAGAAAACGACCAUCCUUACUUUUUUUAUUGUAAUUGUUUUAUCGUUAUAACGAGAUCCACUAUCUCGUGGAAAUCAUAUUUCUCGUCAUAAUUCGAUAAUCAAGAACGAAGAAUGAAGCAUCUUGUUUUCUGACACAGAGGAUUUACCUGUUUGAAAACACUCCACAAACGUCGUUUUUAGUCUAUUUUUUAUUCAUUAGUGGAUUUAUGCUCUUUAAACAUCUUAAUUCAGUCUCUUGCACCAGCCUCUCCCUUAAAUUCCCCAAAAACCCUGAAAAAACAUUGACAGAUUGACAGAAUUCAGGGCAUCUGAGCGUGUCUGCAUGGUUUCGUUUAUAGACGACCGGAAAAUAAAUAAAAUUAAAACAGAUUAGGUCUUUGCAUCCCCGUGCAGGAAAGGGAGUGCGGGACGCUUCCUUUUUCAUUAGUGAUUAUCUCGUUAUUAUGAGAAAAAGAAGUUUGUUUUCUUGUGAUAACGUGAUAUUAUCACAUUAUCACUAUAUUGUGAAAAUUUACUAAUUGUACUUUAGCUAUGCUCUUUUUACUAAACAAACAUGCUUUAUUGGAUACAUUGCUAUGUACCUUGAUAAACUGGAAUUUUGAGUACUUGCUUCUUAUUUUUUUGGUGAGUUCUAACAUGAAUUUUUGUAACAUUUCUCAGACAUUUUAGCACAUUUUUUUCCCAAGAAUUGCUAUUUAAUUUUUUUUUUUAAGUAAAACUUUGUUUCAAGCUAAGAGAAAAAUCUUUGUUUGAUACAAUGAAGGCGUAAAAAUGUUGACAUUUAAAUUUUGUUUUUGCUCUAAUAUUGUGUAGAUGAAGGUUCUCAUUCAUGGUAUCUGUACUCAUUCAUGGUAUCUGUACUUAAAGUCGUCAUGACAGAUAAAGCCUUUUGGAUGAGCAGUGAAACAUAUCCAAAAAAAGACUUUGACUCCAUGUACCAUUGAAUUGCCAUUGAAUUGAUAAAGUUUGUUGCCGUGUGUCAGAGAUGUUCAUUUGUUUUUGUGCUCCGUUGCAUUUUCUCAUGAAAUAGCCAUCUGAGUUUAUUAACAUUCUCUCCAUAAGUGGGGUGAUAACAGGUGCUUCAAUAGAGUGAAGUUAAUUCAUUUUUUAACAGUGAUGGAGUUCUGAGUUUGAAGAAUUAAAUGAAGGAUUGGCCUUUCUGACAUUUCCUUUUCUUUUGCUGGGAAGGAAGUUAAGAGGAAAUAACUGUUUUUUUAGUUCAAAUUUUUUUAAGUACUACACCCAAAGUAUGGGCAGUUUUGCCUCAAACCUCUAAGUCAUGCAGAAACACCUACACUGCAAAGUAUUUAAAACUUUGAGUGCAAGUCUCACAAAUGAAGGAAACGUGAAAUGAAAAAUAUCCAAUUAUUUUCUGAAUGACUCACUUAUAAGCAUUUAGUAAACUUUGACGUCUUGGGAAUCACCACGGCUGAGGUAACUGAGAUUCCAUAGUCAACAGAGAAAUCUAUUAAUAACAGAGUAACAUUUUAUUUAUGGUGGAAAGAAAGGAUAUCGCUGGAAACCGCUUGUUCCAUUGGAGCUUCUGUUAGGGACAGUCAGGUUUUAGCUGAUGCAUUUAUCCUACUGAAUUGAAUGUUUCUGCAAAUUUGGCUUAAUAGGGGAAGGAUAAAUUACUGUUACUUCAGGUAUUGUGGUAUAGUUUCACAUCCCCAAAGACUUUUUUAAUGGAAUAAGCUUUUUGUUUAACCUUUUUUCCAUAAUUCAACUGCUCUCUGUCUUAUAUUGACUGAUUUUAUAACAAACACCUUCAUUUUUUUGUACUGUUCUAGUGGGCUCCCAAUGACAAAGAAUAAAAAAAUGUUUUAUCAAUGUGUUGCUCUAAGAUUUGUACUUUGUGGAUGAAAAGAAAAAGUAAAGCAUUUAAGUCCUUAACACAAGCAGGAAGAGAGCAAGUUUCAGAUGAUAUAUUAGAAUCUUUCUUUAAGACAACACAACUCACACAGGUCCUAAUGAAUUGUUUGUGAUGUGUUUUGAUUAAAAAACAAAACAAAAAAAACACUUGUACUUUUGAGGUUGUUUAUUAUUUUAGAUUUUUUUAUUUUCUUUAGUUUAAGAAAUUUAAACUACUUUUACUGUUGUUUCAUUGACCUGUUUUAAUAUUUUUUGUUGUCUCAAGCAUUUAUUGAUAAGCAUAAAUACUUCUAACA